CGUCAAUCUAAGGAAAACAUUGUACCGGUAGUACGGAAAAGUGCAAAUGGCCCUCAGGGGCAGCAAUUGUACCGGGCCAUUUGCUGAUGGGCGGCGAACCAUCCGCCCAGUGUAAAGACUGCAGCAAACAUCGAAAGCAUUAUGGAAAGCACCCUGCAGAAGCUGUUCGGGGCUGCGGGGGCGCCGGCCACCAUUUGCGAUGUUGCAAAUGUAAAGCCAGCACAGGGUCAAGAGCCCGACAGGCCCGAUGGGGCGGAGGUGUCCAGAGUCGCACCCCAACAAAAGGUGGAUGUCCAUGGCUCGGAGCUACCGCUUGGCCAGGGCGGGGCAUCACUGAGCAGCCGGCGCUGUUCGGAGUCGGGUGACACAACCGAAUAUGAGUCGUCGGCUCCACGGUUGGAGGAGGGUGCAUGCGCAGGGCUGCGGGAAACGGUGGAGGCACUUGAGCGGCUUAACGAACAACAGGCGAAGGACCUGGACAAGUACGCGAAGCUGCUGGAGAAGCAUAAGCGGCUUCAGGAGGCGUGUGAGUGCAGGAAGGACUUGGCACCAAACUUGAAGGAUAAGGAGGACAAGGAGCUGAAGCUGGCACGCGAGGAGGCGAAGAAGGCGAACGAGAAGUUGCUCCAGGAGGCGAGCAGGCUGAGCCGCAUGGACCUGGUGCGGCAGGCGCUCCGAGACCCUGCUGUCAACGUCAAUGCAAAGAAUAGCAAGGGGUUCACGCCGCUGUACCUUGCGGCGGAGCGCGGAUUCGUGGACGUGGUGAAGAGGCUGCUCAUUGCGGGAGCCGACGUCACGAUUGGCAAUGGCCCGGACAAUUUUACGGCCCUGUGCCGGGCCAGCCAGCUGGGGCUGGCGGAGAUAGUGGACCUGCUUCUCAGUCACGAGCCGAAGACGCAGCUGGAAAUGCCGCCGGACCAGGCGAUGCAGGAAAAGAACAGCCCUCUCCACCUGGCGAGCCUGAACGGCAGGUUGCAGGUUGUGCAGAAGCUGCUGGCGGCGAAGGCCCCGCCUGGAAGCACUAACAAGGAGAAAAACACUCCCCUCCAUCUGGCCUGCUCAGAGGGUCAUUUUGAUGUGGCCAAGGUCCUGAUCGAGGUCGGGCGCGCCCCCAUCGAUGAUACAAACAAUAAAGGCCGAACGCCUCUUCACCUGGCCUGCAUUAAGGGCUGCCGCCUGACGGUAAAACUUCUGCUUGACAACAAAGCCGACCCGACGAAGAGAGAUUCCACGGGGCUGCGGAAAAGCACCGGCAAGACGCCCUUAAACCUGGCUACCGAGGGGCGCCACACUGCUGUCAUUGGCCUGCUGCAGCAGCACCUGAACUGAAGGUAGCGCAGGAAUGCAGCGCUCGACAGAGUAACGCCGUGGCGCCACACGACGCAGUUGCAAGCAGCCCGCAGUUGCAUGGAGCCCCGUAAAUUUGAGCGGGCGCUGGACUCAAGAUGUCCGGUACGGAGAUCCUGCACACGUGCAUAGCAUGGACGGGAUGAUGGCUUUCCGGUGGUGCAAAGCACAGCGGUUAGCUAUUUUUCGGAUGCUUUCUUCGUUAAUUAGGAGUGCUGUUUGUUUGGUUGACGGGUGGGUGGUUGUUGCCCCGCCCAAGGCACAUGCUCCCGGUAAUGAGGGACACCCAUGCACUGCAAUGGCGGCAUUAUCGCUCGACAUUGAUGGCGGUCGCUCGUAAUAAACCCCGGUAUCUAGUCGCUGUGGUUGACGCGAGGGCGGCUAUCUACCGGUGUGGACUGCAUUGCGAGCACAUUAUGGUCGGGCAGUGCACGUCCGAGAUAUUCCUUACGGCAGCUUACAGUGUUGCUUUUGGGGCAGUGUAUGCGGGCUGCUAAGUUACUAGCGCCCUGUGCUGCUAAUGCUAUUGGCGCAUACAUUUAAAAUAUGUUGGGCAGAGGUGAGCAGUAUGCUUCUACCCGCAGUUGAGUGGCAUCCUGGCACAGACCAGUCUAAAGCGCCGGGAGAGGUGGCGCGUGGUUGGGGUUCAUUAGGGUUGGUAAAGCGUGCGGAGAACGGUUUCUAGGUUUUAAGCUCGAUUGGGUUUGGCCCUUCCCGGGAAAAUGGUCUAAAUAGGGAUGACAGAAACGGGGAAUUCAUUCAGGCUGAACUCAGCUAUUGAAAUGAGGCAUAGCAGGGGCGUCAGGGUUGGUCAGCGAGAAGAGGCAGCGGGGCGGUCUGGGCGUGUAUGGAAAUGCGGGGUCGCGCGCGAGAGACAUACAGGCCACACUUUACCUCUCAGUGAUUGUUGCGCAGUAUGGAUCUUGCUAUUCGAAAUUUAUUUGCAUUUACGCAUAUUUACGGGCAUGAAUAUCAUAUGUGGUGCCUGCGUGUUAAAUGAAAACCAGUGCUGUGGGGCUGCACUUCGUCCUUGCCUUUGGUUCGAGAGCUGCUCGACGGCCACCUGCAGGUGUGGAAGAUUCGGAGAACUGCACGUGUUGUGUUGUGUAUGUGUUUUGCGGCACACUUGUCUUCCCCGGCGGCUGCUUCCGGCAGCAGUUGUUGGUUGGGGCCGUGAGGAGCAUCUGUAUGUCGUACGUCGCAAUUGAGCAAGUGGCGGUGGGAGGGUUUCCGACGUUGAGUCCAGAAUAUGUUUAUGUUGAAGGCAUUAUGAGCAUUAGGG